AUGGGUGCAUGGGCGGGGAUGGUUGCAUGGGCAGGGAUGGGUGCAUGGGCGGGGAUGGUUGCAUGGGCAGGGAUGGGUGCAUGGGCGGGGAUGGUUGCAUGGGCAGGGAUGGUUGCAUGGGCAGGGAUGGUUGCAUGUGAGGGGAUGGGUGCAUGUGAGGGGAUGGGUGGAUGUGAGGGGAUGGGUGCAUGUGAGGGGAUGGGUGCAUGUGAGGGGAUGGGUGCAUGUGAGGGGAUGGGUGCAUGUGAGGGGAUGGGUGCAUGUGAGGGGAUGGCACCACCAUGCCACCGUGCCCCAUGCAACAGUAUACACAGUGUGCACACGCCUCCUCCCUUCCAAUCCAAUCCUCGUUUUGCUGCCAUGGACUCCUCAAUCGCCUUCAACCAAUCCCAUCCAUCCCACCCCGGCCAUUCAACCCUCUCCGUUGCACAUCCCUCCAUGCAGCACGCAUCUGCAGUGCGCCCUCACAGGCAGCACCAUCGCUCGCACCGCAGCAGCCAUCCGCCGCCACACCGCAGGCCACCGCUUUCAAGCUGCUCUCGGUAUGCCCCUCUCACGCUCACCCCUCGCAUCCACACUCACCCCUCGCAUCCACACUCACCCCUCGCAUCCACACUCACCCCUCGCAUCCACACUCACCCCUCGCAUCCACACUCACCCCUCGCAUCCACACUCACCCCUCGCAUCCACACUCAACCCCCUUCCCUCCUGCCUGCCUCCUCACACUCACCAAUUGGAAUCUUCCCUCGCCAUUCCGUGCCAUCACCAACCUAUGAUAUCACCCCCAUGCCACCACCCCCUUAUGCCACCACCCCUCAUGCCACCAACCCCCAUGCCACCACCGCCCAUGCCACCAACCCCCAUGCCACCACCCCCCAUGGGCAGCCAGAUUGGAGCCCGAGAAGGCUGCUGCACAGCGACUGGAUCAGUCUAGUGGAGGAGGGUGGGCAACUCACUGCAACAGUCCUCCUGCCCACGUCUGCAUAUCGACCAUGGCAACAAGCCAUUGGAGCGCAGCAGCAGCAGCAGCAGCAGCAGCAGCAGCAGGGCCUAGCAGAACAGGCUGUAGCAUUGCAGCAGUGGUGUCUCCCAGACAACACUUGUGCAGUGCUGGCAGCAGACGGACGAGAUGUAGCGCAUGCACCACUGCAGCCCCAGCAGCCCAUGGCAUCGAUACAAUCACAGCAGCCCAUGGCAUCGUUACAAUCACAGCAGCCCAUGCCAUCGAUACAUUCACAUGCCAUGCAUGGUCCAAUGGAAGGCACAGGUGUGCUACAUGUCCCCAGCAUGAAUGAGGAUCAACCCAUGCGUGACGACACCCCCUGCGAGGCAUCACCCCAAAAAAGGACCGCGGUGGGCUCUGUUGGUCCGCGCUUCAAUGCUCCACGCCACAAGAAAAGAUGA